GCCGUUCCGUCGUUAAGCCGGCGGCGCGCGGGGAGUGGGCUUUCGGCGUUUGGGCUUGAGAGGGGGAAGGAAGCAGGCAAGGCGGGCGGGGGGAAAAGAAGAGAUCUGUCAUGGCGCGGGUGUCUGUCCUGGGAGUUUCGUUGCUGGAGAACCCGAGCCCCUUCGGCCACCCGCUCCGCUUCCAGGUGCAGUUCGAGUGCGGGGAGGCGUUGCCUCACGGUGAGUACGCGGGGGGGGGGGGAGGGAGAAGCUCCCGCGCCAGGAGCCUCGUUCCCCAACCGACCCUCAGCCCGAGCCAGGUUCCGUCGCACGAGGCGGCCGCCCGCAACCGACGCCCGGGAGCCCCCACCCCUCCGCCAAGGAUGGCAGGGCUGGGUGCCCCCCCCACGCCGCCUCCACUCCCGGGGCUUCCGCUGUGGCUUUAUUUUGCCAGCCUGGACCCGGCUCUUCACACAGGGGCUGCUACGUGGGCGCUAUACCUUCUAACUACUUAGAAAAAUUAAAAUACAGCUUUUAUGAACUUGGUGCCUUAAGUUUUUGGUCUGCAGAGACUUAGCAGCUUAAUUGGGGCGAGGCUGAUCUUGACAUGGGGGGGGUGUAUUUAUUUUUGUGUGUGUGUGUGUGUGUAUACACACACACACACACACACAUAUAAAUACACACAUACACAAACACACACACUUCAAAAUGCCACCGGAUGUGGGGUGUCCUUCUGACCAUUCUGCUGAAUGAGGCCUUGGCCUCUGCCAAGAAGCCCCAGCCGGCAAUACUGUUGGUCUGGGCAAAGAGCCAGUGUGGGGUGGAGAUUUGGGCUGAGGAGACCACGGUUCAAAUCCUUACUCAGCCAGGCAGCUCCCUGGGUGACCUUGAGCUUGGCAUCUAACCUACAUCACAGGGUUUUUAGAAGUGGGAUGGAGGGGGAAAGCUAUGCAUGUCUCAUUUAGCUCCUUGGGGUAAAGGUAGGAUUUAAAUCAGGGGUCAUCAACCUUUUUCAGCCAUGGGCCUGUCCACUGUCCCUCAGAACAUGUGUGUCAGAGUAUAUUUUUUGCAGGGGGGGAUGAACAAAUUCCUGUGCCCCACAAAUAACCCAGAGAUGCAUUUUAAAUAAAAGCACACAUUCUACUCAUGUAAAAACACGCUGAUUCCUGGACCAUCAGCUGGCCAGAUUUAGAAGGCAGUUGGGCCGCAUCCGGCCCACGGGCCUUAGGUUGCCUACCCCUGAUUUAAAUGAAAUAAAAUAGCUUUGGCUGUUUUGGGGAGGAGGUUGUUACACACUGUUGGGAGCCCCAGCACAGGUCAUGUCCUGACCUCAAUGCCAGCAGCCCUGUGGGGGCAAGGUGUAGCUGCUUGAUGAGAUCAGCAGAGAGCUCCGGAAUGAAUGCCCAUAUUCUUUCCCCCCAAUAAAUCAUAGGCUCUUUAUUUGUUCCUAUAGGAAGAAUUUCUUGAAUGCCAUAGUGGGAAUACAGUUGGUCAUUAGCCAAUAGUAAGCCUGGCAGAUGCACAUGGUUAAAAGCUAUGCCUUCCUAGGCAUUCAUUGGCAGUCAGUAAAACAGCAAAACUAGGUGUUAUACUCUAUAGAGUUGGUAACUUCUUAUCUGAAUUCUUUCAGUUUCAGUUGAAUGUUUGUUGUUGUCAAUUUCUUAUGGUGUUUAAUAAUUCUUCACUAGAUACUGCAGUGGUCUAGUGGAAAACCAUGAAGGCUGGUCUGUUAGGUCAAAUGAGGCAGUGGCCCACUAAAGUCAACCUGCCCUCAGCUAACCCUCACCUGCCACUUGCAUCCUAUCCAGGCACUGGCACUGGUUAUCAUCUUGCUCCUCCUUAAUCUGUUACCAUUUCAGUACUCAACAAGGAUGAACAUGGGGGCAAAACUAGAAUAAGUUGACUACCUGUCAUUGGCUCUGGCCCUAUCAACUGUUCUUCUGAGAGAAUGCCAAAGUCCCUUUAUUCUAUGGUACCAUUCUGCCUACUCCUUGGGACCAUACCAGUCUCUUCCCCUACUAUUCCUUUUUAAUUGUGGAUUCUGGAUUGUUAAAUUGAAAAUCACCGCCUUCCUGACUUCUGCUCCUUGGUGAUCUUCCACUACAUUGGAUUGUGUGAAGCAAGUUUCACUUGGUUCAGGACUGCUUUGAUGGAAAGUUGCUGCUUCUGUCCCAGGGUAGGAGUGGGCUAAAAAUGUCACUGUGGGACAUUGUAAGAAAUCAGGUUUACAAUGUGUGUCAUUUCCUUAACCUUAAAUUUAGGCUACUGAUUUUCUUAUGAGCAGCAGGCACAAGUGCAAAUCAAGAGCUUACUAAAUGAUGGCACUCUCCACAGAGAAAAAUUGUAAGUCAGGCUUUUAAAAUAGAGUAGUGUAUCAUGGAAACCUGAUGCAUAAACUUGGAGAAUAGCAUUCAACAAGGGGAACACUGCCAUAAAAUAUAGGUAAGCAUCUUAUUCUCACCUGUCUUAUCAUUUCACAUGCUGUUAUUUUGAUUCCACUGAUUUUCUAUACAACCAUGAAAUUUGGCAUUGGGUGCAUAGUUCAGUAUUCUGGGAAUCGCAGUAUUUGUUAGAAGAACUGAAUGUCUAGCCUUACAGCCGGAAAAGAUAUAUUUGAGAGUGUUUGGGCAGUGCUUGGUGAAGCUUCAGAAGUUGCAAGCAGGGAGUCAGCUGAGCAGAGCAGGAUUGGCAGAGGGGCAUGUUUUAAUGUCAGGGCUGUAGUGGGUGAUGUUGACUGCCCUGGUUCCCUCACGGAUAAGUUGCACAUAAUUCAUACAUCAUGCAAAGUUUUGCCAUUGCUUUUUUAAAAUAAAGCAUAGGGCCUUCACAUAACAUUAUUGAGACCAGACUUCUCUUAAGAGUGUUGAGAUUGGGGAGAAAUGGAGGUACAGAAAAUCACAGUGAGAUCCUUUACUUUGGGGCAGGAUGUGUAUGGCCUUUCCAACUUAGGAGCAGCUGCAAGUUUUCUAAAUUUAAUAACCUUUGUGGACAGAUGCCAAAAAAGCGCUACCUGCAAAGUAGUAAAGUUUGUAGAAGAAGACACAGUGAGCUGCAGCAUAGGAUCAACUUCCUAUUUCAGAUUCUAAUCUCCUGUUAAGAGUUCUUUCUUAGCAAAAAGCCAGGACAGCAAAGAGAGAUUUCUGGUGAGCAAAUGGGGAUACUUUUGCACAUUCCUCACAGCUCCUUAUAGUUUCUUGUUGCUCCUGAUGAUUGCUCCAUUUGCUAACAUCCCUUUUGACUUGCAUUGCUUUUGGCACAAAAAUGUGGAACAGUGGACUUUAUUUAUUCAUGACCUCACAUCAUUGGAUACAAGUUCCUGUUAAUUAGCGUUACUGUUCCAUGUGAGAGAACUACUAGCCUUCAUAGCGGCACCAGUGGUCUAUCAUAGCAGAUUGUGCACAAUAUUUUCUGACUUUUGUCUAAUGAGAUGAUCCAUAAAGGUUCAAGACAGACAUAAUAGCUAACUGGAAGUCACAGCUGAUUUUGCAUAGCAGAUUCUUCACCCAUGGUGGGAGCCUUUGCAGUUUGCUCCUCCCCUAUGCAGGAAAGCUAUCUGGCUUUUCUAAAGAAAAAGAAUUUAAAACUCUAUUUGUAUAUUUGCAUUUAAUUGCAUCUGCACCUCUUCUUUAAAAAAAAAGAAAAGAAAUAAUGUAAAAUAAACUUUUUACUAAACUGCUCCAAGGAUUGUGGUGAGGAAUCUUGAUGAGAUUAUGAGUGAUGCCCACUGCUCACUUAAAUGGCAGAUUUGCAGACCUUGACCUGGAGAGAGAGAGAGAGAGAGGCAUCUGUACUGAACGCUGUGAGAGUGCUUCCAGAUUGAGCCCAUUGUUUGCAAACAUUACAUCAAUAUUCACCCAAAAUCCCCCCAUCAUUGUUUAACAAUAUGAAUUGUGGAUAUGCAAAUGUUUUUUUGAGACACUGGAAAACAAUAGAGGUUAUUCAGCCCUGCUCUUGAUCUGGUGUACACAUUCUCUAAACACUGGUGCUAAUGGUAUAUUUCAAUGUGUAUUUCAAUUGGCUUUCUGAAGAUGAAGGGAAAUUUCCCUCAAUACGUCUAGGAUUCUGGUGCCCACACUCUUGCCAACUGAUCCUUGUUGCUUUUACCUUUCAGAUUUGGAGUGGAAGAUCAUCUAUGUGGGCUCUGCAGAGAGUGAGGAAUAUGACCAAGUUCUUGACUCAGUGCUGGUGGGACCUGUUCCAGCUGGGAGGCAUAUGUUUGUGUUUGAAGUAAGUUUAGAUCUAUCUCUUGGAGAAGGAUAGGAAAGAUGAGCCUAAGGCUCCAAUCUCUAGAUUUUUCUCUUUAGAUUCAGACAAUGGAGAAAGAUUGACAGAUUUCAUUUGAAAGGGACCUCGUGUUUCAUUUUUAAGCUUUUUUAAUUUUCAUUUUCCCUAAUAGAGAAGUGAUUGUUACCUGGAGAAAAUGCACUAAAAUCUGGAUUUCUCAGUUACCUAUAACUGGGCAAUAGCAUGUCCACCAAAAUUAAAUGGUAGCUGUAAAGUAGAGGAGUUUGUGUUCUAACUCUGAUUUAAGUUCAUUUUUUUUUUUUAAAUGAUGCUUUUCUGAGUAUGUCAACAUUUUUUUAAAGUACCAUGCAAAUAAAGUCCAUCAUUAUUGUUUGUGGCUAGAGUGCUAUUUAGGUUGAGAAAACAUGGGCUACAUUAGUCAUGAAAAGUCACCUGGUGUUGCUAUACUAAUAUGAGGAGAUGGAGAGAAAGAGUGGCGUAUGACAGCCCUGCAGUGUAUUCCAGUAUUACUCGGUGUUUGGGGGGAAUUGCAGCUUGAGAAGGCUGGUUCAUUUUGGUAGGGGUGAUGAUUAAAUGCUUUUCCACCCUUUAGGGGAAAACAGUGAUUAUUGAAAAUGAAUUGCUGCUCCUGAUAUAAACACAUAAAUGCGUUAAUAUCAAAGUCUUAAAUCCUUUUUGCUCAAGAAAAAAAAAAUGUGUCUCUUUGACCUGUGCUGAUAACAUUACUGUAGUAAUUACAGAGCAUUGCUACAUUCUGGGGUGGUACAACUCUUAACGAUAUAGUUAGCCAGUGCUUUCAGGAUAGCAAUUCUUGUUAGAACAUUAAACUAAGAUGGAGGUUGAUUAAAUUAGUGUCCCAGUUCACUGCCUUUGGAAUUGCAACUGCAUUGCUUACUUUCUUUCAAUUUGUGCUGAAGUAUAACUCCAUCCUUGGCCUUUCUACCACCUGUAGUCUAGCUUUCUUUCUCUGAAAUAAUUUUACAAUCAUGGUGAACUGACAUGAGGAUAAUUACCUGAAUCUUUUGCUUGGUUUUCUGAGACUACAUAUUUUUGUUGCUUGUCUUUGUUGUUGCACAACACCGAGAGAAAUAAAAAAAGCCUUGAUUAUGAACUCCAGUCUGUUGGCAUUUCUUCUUUUUUUAAAAAAAUAAUAUUUAUUAGUAGUUUUCAGAAUUAUAAGAAGAAAAACAUUAAAAAACAACAUUAAAAAACAACACUAUAAUAGACAAAAAGAAAAGAAAAAACACAAUAACCAAUACAACAAUACAACAAAAAGAUAAAAAGAAAAAAGAAAACACAAAUCCCAACUUACAUAUCUAAAACUUCCAUUUGCUUGUUUCAUUGACUUCCUCACACCUCCCUUUUUGUAUUCUAGUUUAAUUAGUUAUUUCAGCAAACUCUUUCCAUCUUUCUCAAUUUUUGUUAAAAAGUUCAUCCUAACCUAAUUUAAUCUAAUAAUUAACUCAACAAAUCCUUUCCAUCUUUCCCCAUAUUCUAUUAUUCACAUUACCUUAAUUAAUUUAACCUUAUCUUACCCUAAAACACCUUAAAGCUUGAAUCUUAGUUAUCAAAUAUACAUUACUCCUGAUAUCAUUUCUGCUAAAGUCAUAUAGUUUCAUUCCAACAUUUCCCCUAAUAUUCAUUAAUUUUUAGCCAAUUCCCCAAUUAGAAAAUUUUCUUUAUAAAUUUUCUUCCAAUCUUCAUCCAACGUCCCUUCUUCCUGGUCUCGGAUCGUGUCAGUCCUUACUGUCCAUUCCAUCUAGUCCAUCAACCUGGAAGCCUUAUGUCCGAGGCCCUUAAGUCUCUUCCAUGUCCCUUCUGCAAUUCUUCUUCUUCUUGUUUAUACUUGCCCUUUUCCUUGUCUUUUGUUGGUCUCUUUCUUAGUUUCUUUCCUUUCUCAUUGAGGGGUAGGCCUCUGGGGGGUUCCAAGCCAGAAUUGUCUCCGUCUCCCUUCAUCAAACCCGCCCAUUCCCCACAGUCCCACUCCCCACAAUCCUCAAUAUAGUCCAAAAAGUAUUUAAAAGCAUAUUCCAAGGUCUCUCCAACGUUGGGAACCUCCUCAACUCCAGACUCCCCCUGGCCCACUCCAACUUCAAUCUUCAAUGACAGCGGCUCAUACUCCUGUAGGGCCUCGGGACUCUCCAUUUGUAUUAUUUGGGGUGCAACCGCAUCCUCCUCCAUUAUCUUCUGCACUUGCCCAGUCAGUACAGAUUCAUGAGUUGGUCCCUGAAUAAUUUCUGUAUCAAUAUUCCCUGUUUGCCCACAGUUAUUAACUGCAACAGUCAAAUCCAUUUUCUCAUUCAUCAAGUCCAUCUUCUCAUGCAUCUGUUCCAGCAGGGCACUUGUCUUACAUAAGGCAAGCACCCAGUCUUCUUUCCAACUCAUCUUUAGUCAAGGUCAGAAAAGCCUGUUCCCACGGUCUUAAUCUCACAUCUGUUGAGCCCUCAAGUGUACUGCAGCAACAAUUUGACAAGCUCCCUCUAGAGGAGGCAAUUUGUCUGUUGGCAUUUCUUCUAUAACUGUAUCACUUUGUUCCACCAACAUAAGCCCAUUCCUGGUUAUAUACACUUCAAUGGAUCUUGAAUGAGGACUCUGUAGUAUUGUCAUUCAAGAUUGGACCAGGCAGACCUAGGUUCAAAUCUCCACUCAGCCCAGAAACUGAAUGGCUAAUUUAAAGUUUUAAUAUUCUUCAAGAAUUGCAAUGGGGAUGAAAUGGAAAAGCCUCAAGCAUGUUGUCCUGAGUUUUCUUUUAAAAACAGGCAGGAUGAAAAUGUCACUUACCUUGUUUUGCCGUUUUCUCUGCAGGCCAAUGCCCCCAACCCUGAUCUAAUCCCUGAAAGUGAUGCUGUGGGAGUUACAGUAAUACUUAUCACUUGUACCUAUCUGGGCCAAGAAUUCAUCCGCAUUGGAUACUAUGUCAACAAUGAAUAUAUGGAUCCUGAGCUAAGAGAAAACCCACCCCUCAAGCCAGACUUCUCCCAGGUGAGAAACUGAUCUGAUAAAAGCAGCUUGUCCAUCUUCUUGGCCUUCAUGAAGGCCAUAUCCUUGCCUUGGGAAUUUGGAUUGGGGACCCUUAACAGGAUGCAAAGCAAGGCAAGUGAGGGGUGUGGCUUGGGGAGAGUCCAGAUAGAGAGACGGGGGGGGUUGUAUUUGGCCCCCAGCCUGGCGGUUCCCAUUUCUUUUGGGGAGUACAAAAUCCUUACAAGGCCAGAGUAGUAGCCUUUGAAACCCAGUCACUUUGCAGUGUUGGAAAAUGCUAUGCUGGGGGAGAGUAGAUGUUAUUUGGGAUGACAAUAUGAAGCAGAAAGUUAUACAAUGAGUUCAGCUCAGUAUUAAUUUAUUGCCUGCAUUCUGAAUAAGACAGUGCAUUUUGACCAGAAAGCUGUGGAGUGGGCAGCCCUUGUGAUAUAGAAUGGAGCUUUGAUUUUUUUCAGGAGUUAUAGCACAACUUAAAUACACUUUUGGAGAAUAGAGUAAUGAUAAUGGCCUGCUACAUAUAAAACCUUGUUUGUAAUUGCAUCUUCAUCAUGUUAUGUGCUGAUUGAUGUGUCUGCAGCAGAGUAGUUUGAGGGAGCUUUAAAUCUCAAAGAGAAGAGUAAUAUGUUUAGUGAGGUACCUACUCAGCUCCGUGAGUUGAGGGGACAUUGAUGAUUCCCUCCUGGGAAUCAAAGCAUUGAAAGAAAAUUGGGGUUACUGAGUCACAGCAGCAGAUUUUAAGAGCCUAUGGACUAUAGAGUUUGGUUCAAGUCUUGUUUGCCAUUUUGAAACCCAAUGUGCAAGGUAAGUAGGUCCCCUGUACGUGUCAAAAAGUAAGAAGGAUUACCAAUGUGAAAUAGAAUUGGAAGGAUUACACCCAGAUAUAAAUUUUCUCUCUAUGUUGUCAUAAAAUAAAAUAGUGUUAACUUUUAAAACCAUUUUUUACUUCUGUUACCCCUCUCCUUUCUUGAUAUUGCUGCAGGAAUUGAGUAGCUGUCAGCCUAGAAAGUUGAUCCAAACAUAAACCUAUGUAACUUUGACCCCUAUUUUUCCUACUUCCAGCUACAGAGGAAUAUCUUGGCAUCCAACCCCAGAGUCACCCGUUUCCACAUCAAUUGGGAUGGUCCUAGAGACCAGAUGGACAAUAUUGAAAAUGUAGACCCAGAACCUGAUAGCUUCCUGCCUCCUAGCUGUGUCUACAUCAAAGGCUUGGUCCAUUCCAUGGGUCUGCAACCAGAGAAUUCCAUGGACUGUAUGUGAUCCAAACACAAUAAUGCUGAGGACCCUGUGCAGUGAAGAGCAGCUGACAAGUUUUUGUGGGAGAUGUAGGAGGGAUUUGGGAUAAUGAAGCAACUGAUAUGUCUAUGGAGAUUGCCAAUUCAGAGUCCUUUUCGUGUUGGGGUUUGUAACAGAUCUACAGGUCUGUUCUGUCAUAGUAUUUCUUCAUUGAUACUUGGAUCCUCCUGCCACUAACCCUUGACAGGCACCUAGUCUAGCUGCAUAAAGAAGAACCCUGUGUUUCCCUCCUUUGUUCCAGACCUCCAGAAGUCUGAGCAAUGGGAGCUUCCUUGUUAUUUUGAGCACCCAUUUCCUGGGAACCUAGCAUAGUGGGUGCCUUCUUUUCAGGACAGUUUUUCUGUUGCAACACAGCUAAGUCUUGAUGAGUUGCUGCUGGCAGAAUAGCUAGCAAUUACAGUCAGGUCUUGAUGCCUCUCAGGAGUUGAUAAGCCUGUCCCAAUUUUACAAUCUGUGCUUAGUAAAAGGUGAUGGAUGAUGAGAUUUAAGCUGUACAAUUUACCUAUUUGCACAAAGGUCCCAGCACUGCUUUUGAGAGCUCCCUCUUUUAGCUUGCACCAGUUGGCCUUCUUUCUACCACUGACCCAAAAUCUGCCCAAGGCCACAGUGAGCAGGAAUUGCAUCAACUCCUUUAGACAGUGGCUAAGUUUACAAAUCCCUCCACAGAGGAAACAUGCCUUUCUUCAAAAGGCCUGCACUUGUGUGUUUUUUCCUGGCCUGCCUCCAGUCGCACACCCUUCUUUUCUGUUAUUACCUGCCCUGAUACUUGAUCUCUCUAUUUCUCUCCCUGGUAUUUUAGAGAUGAACACAGCAUAUAGGUGUUUAAAACAUUUUUGCCUUGUAUGUCUGACCAAUAAAACUUUUUGGAAUAAUC